AGGCCGUCAGCUGAUUGCAGGGAGCCAGUCAAGGGCUGGCGAGAAAAGGGCGGGGCCGCGGCCGACGUCACUGCCGCGGCCGACGUCACCGCCACUUGCCGCAUCCGCAAGAUCUCUCUGGUGCAGCUCGGGUGCAGGUCUCUGCGGGAGCCACCCUAGACCUCUGCAGCUUCCCCGUAUCAUGGCUGACUCGGAAAACCAGGGGCCCGCGGAGCCAAGCCAGGCGGCAGCGGCGGCAGCGGCGGCGGAGGCAGCCGCGGCAGCGGAGGAGGUAAUGGCGGAAGGCGGUGCGCAAGGGGGAGACUCUGACAGCGCGGCUGGUGACUCCGACAGCGCGGCGGGUCAGACGGUGGAGGAGCCCCAGACCCCCGUGGAGAAUGCACCAAAGCCUAAAAAUGACUUUAUCGAGAGCCUGCCUAAUUCGGUGAAAUGCCGAGUCCUGGCCCUCAAAAAGCUGCAGAAGCGAUGCGAUAAGAUAGAAGCCAAAUUUGAUAAGGAAUUUCAGGCUCUGGAAAAAAAGUAUAACGACAUCUAUAAGCCCCUACUUGCCAAGAUCCAGGAGCUCACCGGUGAGAUGGAGGGGUGUGCAUGGACCUUGGAGGGGGAGGAGGACGACGAUGACGAGGAAGAGUACGAGGAUGAGGAAGAGGGGGAAGAGGAGGAGGAGGAGGAGGAGGAAGCUGCGGCAGAGGCUGCUGCGGAGGCGGCGGCGGCCAAAGAUGAGGGUCCCCACUCUGCAGUGCCUCAUGACGCCAAGAAAUAAGCGGGGGCAGAGAUUGAGGAGGAGAAUGAUGACGAAAACAAAAUCACUAUUUUUUUUUUUCCAAUAUUGGUGGACUUAAUAAGGUUCAGGUUUGGGACCAAAAUACAAUGCAAAUCAAUUCUGGUGUUCCUACCUAAAAUUAUAGUAAAUUGAAGCAAUCAGAUCCUGGCCAGCCCGUUUCAAAUUUUUCAUUUUGAACACAAUAAAUAUAUCAAAAAGUGUUGAAGAAAACAAGUUAUAUUAAAAAUGACUUUUUUCAUGAUCUCUUCUGCACGGACUGCAAUUGAGACUUAUUAAGGGUGUCAAGUAGAUGUGAAGUAAAGAAUGUCACUUUGAAAUCUAUUCAUUCCACUGUCAUCACACUACACACAGAACACCCAGACCAAGACUGAACAUGUUCUCAACGCUUAACUCUUCAGUUUCUUUAGUCCGGACAUUUUCCAGUGCAGAAAAAACAGAACCCAGAAGAAUCUCAUCUUUAAGACUUUGCUUUUGUAACCCAUCAGCUUUACACUUUGGAGAAGAGUGAUGGAAUCCUGGAAGCCUGUGAUGGAGAUCAUGACAGUACUGUUUAAUGAGGCCUGGAAAACUGCCACUUCAAAUUCUAAAGAAUGUUCUGAAUAUUUGAGUUUAGACAAGCAACAUGGUUCUGAGAAGGAGGGUGUAUAACCUGUAUAAUACUGUCAACAUAUGUGUUCGUUAUUUACAGUCUCAUGUUUAUGUGUUUUCUUGGUAGUGUCUAUUUACAAAGGUGUAAAAACAAACAAAAAACAAAUGUUUAAGUAUUAAAUCCCUUUACCUAGCAUUCUAGAAAUAUUAAUUUACUUGAAAAGAUGUAGAAUGUAGCAAAUCCUGUAAAGCAUGUAUUCAAUGUUAUGUAGUUUGAUCCUUGUGAAGUCGUCUUUGUCAUGUAGCUUUUAGAAUGUAGCUGUGAAAAUUAUCAGAACUCCUCAAUGAAGCUAAUGUAUGGAAAAAAUAAAUACUUGAAGAACCAAUCCAAGUGUGUGUCCCCACCCCCAGCUCAGAAGUAGAAGGGUUUAAGUUUGCUUGUAUUAGCUGUGCCUUCAUUAUUUUGCUAUGUAAAUGUGACAUAUUAAAUUAAAAAAUGGUGCAUAUUCAAAUUGUACUGCUUGAGGACAGACUGGUAUACAGUUAAGGAUUUUCAGGAAGGACACAUUAAAUGUAAAGACUCUUAGCUUCUUUGUGGGUUUUGAAUUUUGUGUGACUCAGUGAUCUAUAAAGAAACAUAAAGUUGUUUACCACUGUAGUGUUAAUAAAACAGUAUUUUCAAAAAACAAAA